GGUUUAGUGCUGUGAAAUAGUAUGAAUUUAAAUGCUCUGUAUUUGUUAACGUGUAGUUUCCGUGAGUCUUGCUGUUAGCCACCUGUCUACCUGCUAGCGCGUCAGCUGCAAAGACCAACCUGUCAUCUAGCAGUCCGCUCAUGGUCAGCUGGAUCUGAAGCCAGGACAGAACUCUGUUUUCCACUUCAGUAUAAGUUAUUUAACCGAGUAACCCCGCGGCUAAAUGCCCGAACAAGGCCCCAGGAUGAAUGGAUUUUCUAUCGGCGAGCUGUGCUGGCUGUUCUGUUGUCCGCCCUGUCCUAGUCGCAUCGCGGCCAAGCUAGCCUUCCUUCCACCGGAGCCGACCUACUCGAUGCACACCGAUGCUAACGGGGUAACUAGCUUACAUCUAACCGAGCGGGCGGACUGGCAGUACUCGCAGCGGGAGCUCGAUGCAGUGGAGGUAUUUAGCACCAGGAGCAGCCGGGGGAACCGGGUUGGAUGCAUGUUUGUGCGUUGCGCCCCGAAUAGUCGGUACACGCUGCUGUUUUCCCACGGGAACGCCGUGGACCUGGGACAGAUGUGCAGUUUUUACAUCGGCCUCGGCUCCAGGAUAAACUGCAACGUGUUCUCUUACGAUUAUUCGGGCUACGGAGUCAGCACUGGCAAGCCGUCCGAGAAGAACCUGUAUGCGGACAUAGAGGCGGCCUGGCAGGUCCUGAGGAACAAGUAUGGCGUAACACCUGAGAAUAUCAUCUUGUACGGUCAGAGCAUUGGCACUGUGCCCACCAUCGACCUGGCUGCUCGCUAUGAAUGUGCUGCUGUCAUCCUGCAUUCACCACUAAUGUCAGGGCUACGGGUGGCCUUCCCUGAUACACGCAAGACCUACUGCUUUGAUGCCUUCCCCAGUAUUGACAAAGUGUCCAAGGUGGCAUCUCCAGUGCUGGUGAUCCAUGGUACGGAGGACGAGGUGAUUGACUUCUCCCAUGGCCUGGCCAUGUACGAGCGCUGUCCCCGUGCAGUCGAGCCCCUUUGGGUGGAGGGAGCUGGCCACAACGACAUCGAACUGUACGCCCAGUACCUGGAGAGACUCAAGCAGUUUAUCUCCUUUGAGCUCGCCACUUCUUGAGAGGAGCUCACCACUUAGGCCCAGGUUCAUCUCAACAUACUCAAGAGCUUCUUCCUCAUAAUCCCCCAGAUUCCUCUUUUAGUGGUGGGGCAUGACUAGAGGAACAAAAAUCUCACUGUUCCUCUCGGUCCUUGGAGUCAUUUCAAGGUGGGAAUGUGUGGUGCACUGGAAGAGGAGAUGUUUUUUCAUUGUUGAGGUGCAACUGAGGGGUAGGCCAGUCUAAUCCAGACAUACAGGCUUAACAUUUAGUGUCGCCAAAAACUGGCUGGUGCCUACUACAUGUGAACCCAGAUUGCCAGACAUCCUGGGCCUAGACAGUGUUUGCACGGGCUGCUCAAACUAGGUUUAUAUUCCACUCCAGCUCUCAGCCUCCUUGCGUCCUCUGUUCAGCCUGCCUCUCACCUUUUCUACCAGUGCGUCUCUCUCUGUGAGCUUCUGUCUGUCACAUUUCCUUCUUUCCUCUGUUUCUCUCAUGAGCUCCUGCAGUCUUUCUUUUUGACUGAUAGUCUUUGCAAUGCUGAUUUUUGUAUUGUUUUAUACAAGAUAAAGAAGUAUCAAUUUUGCACCUCGAGAUACAGUUGUUGAAGUUUUUUACUUUUUCUGUAAUUUUAAGUUAUCAUUCAGGGUUGAUUGACAGUGGCACUUUAAAUGUGCAGCUACUUUCAGGUAAAGAUUUUUUUCUGUGCUUGGAUAUAUGUAUGUUAAUUUCUUUUGUUAAUGGCAUUCCAUGUUUUUUUUUGUUUUGUUUUGUUUGGUUUUAUGUUAUUUUUUUAGAUGGGCGUACAUUUGAAAGCCAUUACCCACAAUUCACUCCUGCAUAUCUGCUCUUUGCAGCUGUGACCUUUGAAGUCUUGAUGCAUGCUACUCCCUCAUAUGAGGUGUGAACAAAAAAUCCUGAGAUUGUGCUUAUAAAAAUUAAAAACCGUACCUAAUUUACAUUCGGCUGUCAUACCUGUUGAAGUGUUAUCCUUGUACAGCAAUUCAGCGCCCCAGCAAGUGCUCCUGCAACUCUUGUAAUGCUCCCUCAGAGUCCCAUUGUGUAAACAUGCCAAUCAACAUCUGCGUCAAGCGCUGAAUCUCUUAAACUGUGUCAAAACAUGUAUUAAUUUACAUAAAUUUGAUUUUGGGGAAGAGAAAGUAGUCACAUGGAGCCAAAUCCGGCAAAUUGAGGCGCAGCGUUGUGUUGUGGCCAAACACUUGUGCAUAAUCACCAUGUUCUGAUGAGUGCACAGGGCAGUUAGAGCACCCACACAUCAUUCUGCCAUCGGUUUGCACCAAAUGUUCUCCCUUAGUUAACUCUGUACUUCACACUAAAACUUUGUCUCCACAGCCAAAGCUUGGGGGACAAAUUCAUGGUGCACAGCCACAAGAAUGUUAAAGAAAACAAUGAGUGGACUUUAUGCUUCUUCUCUGGUCUGAAACACUGUGACUCCUAUGUUAUGAAAACUGCUGUUGACUUGGUGGUGUCUGCAGACCCACCUCUCAUCACCAGUGAUGGUCCUUGACGUGAAGGUUGGAACAUCCUCACAAAAUGUGGAGAUUUUCAUCUGAGUCCAUGGAAAGAUCACUAAUGUGUUCCCUCCAGUGCUCCCAAAAACGUAGCUGACAGAGGCUGCAUGUUUACACUCCUGAUGCACUCUUUGUAACACCCGACACAGUCUGGGAGUUUUUGAUCACACCGUGUAGAGGGAGAACAUAAUACCAAACUUUAUUGAGUAAUCUAGUGAUAUACAGUACACCCGCUUAGUGGCAACAACACAGUCCUCGGGGGACAAUUACUUCCACUUAGGUAUGUUUGAGCCCCUGAUACAGUCUGCAUACAAACAAUGCCUUUAGUACUUGGUGUCCUUUUAUUUGAAUUGUUUUGCCUGUUCACAGUAAUUGUCCUAAUGACACCAUGACAGGCAGAGGUACAGGGAAGUGUCAACCUUAAUUGUUUAUUGAAAUAUGUUGUGACGAGUGAAUCAUCUAUAUGCAGAAGACCGUAGUGAUUUGUAAAAUGAUUCAAUAGGUCAUUAAAUGAACAGAUUUUAUCAGCUUAUGUUGCAGAAUACAAAUACAUCUUGCAAGCCUUGGCAAAGAAAAAGUGAUUACCCAUAACCUCCAUUCUAAUUAGUGUCAUUUUGUUUACAUACAUAUCAGAAUCCUCACUGCAUGUGUGAAUGUUGUCACACCAUACGUUUGCUACGAAGCAACACAGCAAUGAGUCUCCCAAAUGUCAGACAAUAAAGACCCUUACCUCAGUAGAUGAGAGAGCAGCAGGUAUCGAGGCUAUGUUUUGGUUAACUGGAGAUCAUGUGGUAAUAAGAAAAGACAGCUUUUUCAAACAAACACAAGUGGUUCUUUGCUGUAAACUGAAACCAGCAAGCAGGACUGAGAAGAGAAAGGACACUGAACUGAACUGAACUGAACUGAACUGAACUGAACUGUGUGAAAUUGUUCAAGACAAAAAUGCUGUUUCUGGGUUUGCAUGUGUAUUUAAUUUACCAGUCCUUUCACACUAAAAACAAAGCCUUACAUCUGUACAAAUUUCACCCAGACAUUCCUGUUGACUACAACAGGCCUCUUGUGGUCUUCAGGGGAACUGAUAACUGCUGCUAUUCAUCUGAGGAAUCAGUCGAUCACUGUGAAAGCCAGACUGUUUGAGGAAUACUGAAAUGACAGCAAGGUACUCAAACCAAAUUCAACCUGACCAACCACAGCCAUCCUCUUUUGUCUGGCAUUUGUUCCUGCCUGCAGUAAAAAGGAACCGGCCAGGGAAGCCCUAUUUUCCAACACGGUUCUGUGAUGAACUCUCUGAUAUGUUGCUGUUUACCAGCUCAGACUCCAAAGUCUUUGGAUAGAAACACAAAGGAGAAAUGGAAUAUCAUGGAAAUGUGCAACACUUGCAAAUCACCUUUCAUAGUUCGUGGACAUUUAAACUUGUAACAAUUGUAUUUGAAUCAUUUGUUUUUUUGAUUCCUGCAAAUGGAAGAAAAAAAUGAAGUAAAACACUACAAAAUUAAGCUAAACAAUCACAUUGAGAAAAACAAAAAACAUGUGAAACACUAUCAAGUUGAAGGAAAUGCUGAUCAUGUUUUUGGAAAACGAUUGUGUUUGAGGGAUAUUUGCGUAGGAACUUAAAAUGAUCAUUUGAUCCUUGUAUUGCUGUGAAGUGAUCUGUCAGUUAUGUACUAGUGUGUUCUGAUCGUAGCUAAUGCUGGGAUAAUGUUUUUGGAUAAAAAGCCUUUAAUCAUCUCUAGUAUAUUUCGUCUUUUUAAAGGAAAUGAAGACCCUGCUUUAGACCUGAUAUUGUUUUGAUACUGACAUUUUUAUGAGGUUUUCCAGUCUAAAUGUUAAUAGAUUUACACUGUCUCUUAAACUGGUUUGUAUAAUAAGCCUCUGUAAUCGUGUACUUCAAUAUCUUCUCUAUACAUAUUAGCCUUUUCAAGGGGCUGGCGAGUCUCAUUGAUUUUAACACUGGAAUCACAAUAUGCAAAUGAAAGGCAGAUGAAGCUAGUCGACUCAAAUAUUGGUUAUAGUGUGUAAAACAAAACCAAUGAAAUAAGCCUUAAAUAUGCUGUGAAACAUACAUUGUGAUUGUUGCAAGAAGGCAGCAAAGUCUGUGUUGCUUAUAAUGGAAUAAAGGAUGCAUGGAAGUGUAUGUGUGACCUUGUUUCGCUGUGUUGGAUAGAUUAAAGGACUGUAUUGUGAGUGCCAUUGUGCCUCUGAAACCUU